AUGUCUCCCACAUUUCUAAUCGGUAUAAUUUUUGGGCUACCACUAUUAAGCCAUGCCUUUGUCUCGAUCCUCUUAACGCAAAUUGAAACGUCCAAGAGUCUUCACAGCACAGCAUUACUUCAAAGUGAAAUAUCGUGGGUUACCUCUCGUAACACUAUCUACAGUGCUAAAACGAUAACAAAUUCCGUCGCAACGAAUAGCAUGUUAGUCACUCGGUCAACCUUAGACGAAACAUCUAGAACAGUAACUGCGCAACCGUCACCAGGAACUUCUUCAGCCUCUGACUAUGAUAUAUUUGUUAAUGAUACUAUCAGCGUUCAUAAUAAAUACCGCAGUUUACAUGGAGCUUCACCUUUAGUUUGGUCGGAUGAGUUGUAUAAACAUGCUCAAGCGUAUGCCAAUGAGUACAACUGUAAUGGAACAUUAAUACACUCACACUCGCCUUAUGGUGAAAACAUUGCCUUAGGAUUCAAUACAUCGGCUGCCGUGAAGGCGUGGUAUGAUGAAAUAAAACUGUACAACUUCGACAAUCCGGGAUUUUCAGAGGAAACCGGCCAUUUCACUCAAGUAGUUUGGAAAAACUCCACAAUAAUUGGAUGUGGUUACAUAUACUGCGGUUCCUACUUUGGACAGUACACAAUUUGCAAUUACGAGGCUCCGGGAAACGUAGCAGGUGAAUACUCAGAAAAUGUUUUACCUUGA